AUGUUUAAUAAUAUAUUACCAAAACACAAAUAAAAUAAAGAAUAGGAAUCAAAUAUGGGAUUCUUUGGAUAAGAUUGUAAGAUUUAAUAAAGUAAGUAAAUGAAAAAAUUAAAAAUUGAUGUAAAAUGCAUGUUAAACUAAGAAUUAUUAGUGAUGAAACCAAAUAAAAUAGGUAAUGUUAAAAAUGUAAAAAUAGAUUAAUAAAUUCCAGAUGUAAAGAUUGAAUAUUGCAUAUAUGUUGAUAGAAAGUAAAAAUAAUGAUAAUAAAAAAGAUAUUUAAAGGAGAUUUAAGCAUUAUAAGAAAUUUAUAAUUAAGAAGAAGAUGUUGUGUAAUUAAUAGCAGUUUGUUCGCUUGGAAUAAAAAUACCUAAUGAUUAAGAUUUUCAUUUCUUUUUUGAAUGUUUUGAUCUUCUGAAUCAAAACUAAGCAAACUUUAGAUAGUUUAUUAAUAAUAAACCAUAAAAACAAUUAUAAAGAUUGUUGAUUUGUUCAAUAAUUAUGAAGGUAUAAAAAAUGACUGAUUUAAUAAUUUCCUUAUAUUUGGAUUUGAAUCUUUAUGUUCUGAUGCAAUUAACAUUAAUUACAAUUCAAUAUGAAAGCACAGAAUAUUCAUAAUACUUUUAUUCGUAUAUAUACAAUUAAUAUUAGUUUAUUGAUUUAAUACUUCUAAUUCUAAGCUGGUAUAUAUUAAAAGUAGAUUACUGACCCUAAUUUAUAGAAAAUAAUAAUGAAUGUUGCUCAGGUGCAAUUAUAAUUAUUAAAAGAAGAUAUUCUCUUAAUUAUUUGGGGAUAAAAAUAAAUGUAGAUAGGAACGCUGUUUUUUAAGAGUAUGUAUAAGAAAAUAGAGAAUCGUAAGAAACCUUUUUUAUAGCCACUUUAGAAAUACUAAUUUUAUAAAACAUCAAGAAAAAGAACAACAACUUCUGCAAAUACUGACUAUCCUCAUUAUUAUUAGUUGUUAGAUGAAGCUUAAGGAAAAUAAUAUUUAUUGGCUUAUCAAGAAUCUCCUCAUAGUGAGAUAUUAAUAUUUGAAAAAGAUGUAUUAUAUUUUAAUAAAAAUAUUGUAGUAAUUAUAAUAUAUUAAAUAUUCAGAAGAAUAUGUAGGAGUAAUUGAAAGAAACUUUUGGGGAACAUAAUUUCAUAUUUAUGAUUUUGGAUAUCCAAAAGAAGUUAGUGGAAAGAUUCCAAAAUAUUUUGGAUAAGAAAGAAGAGAAUUAGUUGUUAUAUAAUAUUAAACUAAUAUUAUGGCAACUUAACCUAGGUAAUAUUCUAUUUUAUAAUAGAAAAUUUACUGCAAGUAUGUUAAAUUUGAUAAACAAUUAAAUUUUAUAAUUAGCAUAAAUGGAUCCAAUUUAUAAUGAAGAAAAAGAAUGUUAUUAAUUGAAUUUCUUUGGAAGAGCUAAAAGAGCAUCAGCUAGAAACUUUGAAAUUAUAGAUCCUUAAGAUAAUAAUAUUAUUUAUUUAUUACAUGGAAAAGUAAAUAUUAUUAUAAAUAAGCAAGUGGGAAAAAAAUCUAUUUAAUGUUGAUUAUAGAUAUCCUAUGAGUAUGCUCUAAGCUUUUAGUUUUUCUUUAAGUUCAAUAAGUAAGAAAUUUUUGGUUCAAUGA